GCUUAUGUUUCUAGCAGAUCCCACAGAUGGGAUGGAACCACAGAGAGCUCUGCGACAGGUUGGAGUUAACACCGUUUCUGUCAUAAGUCUGACUCUUGACUUCUCUCAAAGGCGUCCGGAGGUGAGAAACUUUGGCUUGUGCAGGUGUAGCUGAUGGACAAAAGCACGUGCUGUGGACGAACAUAGCUUAAAUAGUUACCUGGCUAGCUUUUUUAUAUAUAUUUCUUGGAGCAAAGCAUCCCCAAGCAGCCAGGUAGCCCCCACAAAGGAUCCGGUCUAAGAACGCAACGACUUUAAACCCACUUUCAGUGACUUGGAUGCGUGCAUGCUGGUGCUGGACAGCAGCCUGGAGCACUUUUGCUAUCACUCUUAUUCUGCGUAAAUCAUCCCCACUGGGUUUACAAAUCGCUGUAUACCUGUAGACCAGGAACUUCGAGAUGCUCUCCACGGCUCUUCUCCUCGCAACACUGGGCGUUUUUACGCAUUUGGACACUUUUACGCACGGCUGUCAGCUCCCUUCGGAGUGGCGGCCGCUGAGCGAGGGCUGCCGGGCGGAGCUGGCGGAGAUCAUCGUGUAUGCCCGGGUGCUGGCGAUCCACCGGGAACCCCUGGGUGGCGGGGCGGGCAGCCUGUACAACUCGCUGCCCUUCGGGUUCGGUUAUGGAUACGAAGGUGCGGAGGAAGGGCUGCUGUACUCCGCGGAGGUAGAGCUGCUGUGUGAUCAGGCCUGGGGCAGCAUGCUGGAGGUACCUGCUGGGUCAAGGCUCAACCUGACCGGACUGGGCUAUCUGUCCUGUCAGUCUCACACCGUGAUGGAGAACUACUCCUACUUCUUUUUCCUAAGGAUGGAUGAGAACUACAACAUCCUCCCCCAUGGAGUCAACUUCCAGGAUGCAAUCUUCCCCGACACGUCUGAGAACAGGCGGACGUUCUCCAGCCUCUUUCAGUUCUCCAAUUGCACCCAGGGGAGCCAGCCUUUCCACACCUUCAGCCCUGAGUGGGACACGCAGGAGGACAACAGGCUGCUGUGCUCUUCGGUGCAGGUCGCACUCUUCGACGAGGAGGAGCGGGGCCGAAAGCUGCAGGAUCGCCUGGCCACCGCGGAGAGGAGGAACCGGCAGCUGAAGGACCGCGUUCGUAAGGUGAAGCGAUCCCUGAGGAACGCCCGCAAGGCUGCAAGGAAGGCCGAGCAGGAGGUUCAAGAGCUGCAGGAGAAGCUGAAGGCUGCAGAGCGGAGAGCGGGGCACCACCUCAAUGCUAUAACGCAGGAUGAGCUCCUUCCAGGGCGUUACGCAAGCACGGCGAUACGACCACGAAUCCAACUUUAAGUGAUUCAAUCCCACCUGCCCCAAACUGCAACCCACAUGGACUGGAGAGGAGAGACUGCAGGACGGUCUUUAUGUGAGGGACAACACAAUAACAGCUGAGUAAAAACACCUAUUUAGGAACAAUCUUGAUAUUUUUGUAAAUAAACUUCUUUUUUAUAUACCUUUUUUGCCAAAAUACUACAGCCAUGCCUCAGUCGUUCCAAGUAAUCUUAAAAAAGAAGAAAAGCAUGAACUAGGAGAACCCCUCUUUUAUUUUUUCAGUGUUUCCUCUCACAGUUCUGAGCUCUGCUAACUGGAUUCAUGCUGCUUAGUGCUCCGCUCAGGCUGUGAUCACACCGUGUGUUUUUGCCCAAAGCAGAGCAACAGCAACAUUAGCAGCUUAUUGGAGCGUAAUCCAUUUGCCUAUUAACUAUUUAUGAGUCUGCUUUCCUCACCUGAAGUAAUACAAGUUAAUCAUUCGAAACAAACAGCAAAAGAAAGUCAUGUAGAGAUCUGAGGAUUCUGAAAAAGUUGGGACAUUGUGAGCGUGGAAAACAAAACAGAACACAGUGAUUUGCAAACCCUGUUCAACCUAUAUUAAAGCGAAAUAGAUAUUUAAAGUUUAAACUGAUCAACAUUACUCUGCUCUGUAAAUACUGUACUUCAACAAUCAGUCCUAGAAAGGUGAAAAAACACAGCGAUAACAUGAUACUGUUCUAACUUUUUUGUAAGUGCAGGCAUAAAAUUCAGAAUGUCUACAUUUCCAAAUAAAUAAAUAGAAUAAAAUAUGGUAACAGGUUAUCUUAGUGGGCUCUAAUUACAUAGUAAAUUUAUAGUAAUUAGUUUAAUUAUUUAGUAAUUUUUCAAGGGUAAGGUGGUAAGUUCUGAGUAAUAAGUUGGUCAUUUACAAAGUAAUAACUCAGAAAUAUGUUUAUAGUAAGAGAGGAUUUACCUAGUAAUAGUUGAGGUAAUUUCUCGUAAUAUCGUGGCAAUUCUCUGGUAAUUAGGUGGUAUUUUACAGAGUAAUUUCAUAGAAAUAAGAUGAAGAUUUUCUGUAAAAGUUGCAUGAUAAUUACCAGGUAAUUUCAUUAUUUUGACCCACUAAAUUAAAGAAAGUCCUUUCUGAAUAGGGUGAGAGUUUAAUUUUAGGGCGUUAGGGUUAGGGUAAAUUACCACCUAAUUACCAGAGAAUUUCCAAAAUAUAAUGAAGAAUUACUUGAUAAUUAAUACAUUGUUACUAGGUAAAUAAUUAGUUACUAAUUGGUAAAAUGCCAUCUUAAACCAGGUAAUUACCACCUUUUUCUUGAGAAAUUACUAGAUAAUUGCACUCAUGACUAUAAAAUACUAGGUAAUUAGGGCCCACUAAAUAAAGUGCCAUGUAAAAUAUAAUAAAGUUUAUCAAUUCAAACAUUAAUAAUCUUGUAUUUGUCUAGUCUUCAAUUGAAAAUAGGUUUAGAAGGGUCUUCAAAUCACUGUAUUGCGUCCUAACUUUUCUGAAAUUAGGGUUUGUAAAAACAGGAGACUGAUGUUGGCUCUACAGAGGUUAUCUUGACUUAGGUCGAGAAAAGUCCUCAUUAAAAUAAACCGUACUAGAGAAAUCAUGCUUGAUAUAUUAGUUAAACUAGAUAUGAUCUACAGUGGCUCCCAACCCUCUUCCCUGGAUCUCUCCUAUUUGUAUAUAAAUUAAGCUGAACCCUCUUGGACGCUCAAAACAUGAUACAUUUCUGUCAAAAAAAAGUUGGCAAAUUUUGUAAAGUAUGAAUAAAAACAGGAUAAGUUUCUUUUUAAGAAAGAACUGGAAACAAAGCUGAAGAGAGCCUUUUGUCUCAAAACAUUUAGUUGCAGGACAACAAAAUCAAAAACAAUGAGCUGAAAAAAAAAUUGCAAAAACUACUCCGUAGCAGCACGUAAAAACGCUGAUUCAUCUCAAUGGCGUAUGAGUGACUUUCUUCCCUUUGAAUAAGGUCACCUGUUGUUGGCGUCAAACUGUGGUUUUAGCAGCUUUAAUCAGACUCAUCCACCUUAUUCCUAACCACAAAGAUACUCCAUGAAUUCUGGGUGUGACUUCUGUUGCCUUCUGUCAAGCUAGAUGGAAUUAUAAUUUGUUAUUUACCAGAUGGGAGAUGAUUUGCCUUGGAACAUCACCAGUAGUAAGACCACUAAUAAAGGAGGUGGGACACCUAGACCUCGAGUCUGUAAUCAAGCUUUGACUUGAAUUGUAGACCUUCAAAACAGAUGAAGGGUCCAUCCAGAGCAUCUUCAGUUUGUGGAUGUUCUGAAAUUCUUUAACCUGGAACGCUGGAUAGACUGUUUACUAUAUCUGUUUCACCAAAUUUACACUAUAUGGACAAAAGUAUUCGGCCGUCAAACUCAAUCACAGCAGGGGCCGGAUUCUGGAUUCAGGACUAA